UACGAAGGAAGUGUGUGUUGGUGUAUGUAUUUUUGUGGUGGUGCUAGUGUUAUCCGAUGUUAUUUGCCAUUUUUUGACGUGUCAUGCGUAGUUAGAUAAGUUACUAUACAAAAUAUAUUUUAACUGGCUCUAAAUUUCGCGUGAUUAAUGGCUGUUAGAAAUUCGUCAUAAAAUUAUCACAAGAGGAAGUCGGCGACUGUCGACUGGCGAAUCAUUUAACAUGUGCAAGUGUACCGAAGUUGAACUGAAUGGUGACAUAACUAAGCUGUUUCUAGAAAGAAAAUGGAUUUUCAAGUUAACUUUGUGUCCAUUUCGAAAAGGGGUGAAAUAAAAUGUUCACAGUAAUGAACAAUGUAUACAACAUACGCAAUGUUGGAUAUGUGUUGUAUUGUAAGGGAGUGACAAUGUCAUAUGUCUCACCACCAGAAUCUAGAAGCAGAGUCGAGAAUAUUAAGAAGAGAUUUGAAGUUAUUAAUAACGAUUUAUCUCUGUCUGCCAGAGUUCCUGUCAACCGAAGUUCACUGGGAAAUAAAACACAGCCCAGUAAUGGAACUAAAAGUAGUGCUUCAGGAAGAAGGAAAAUUUUGCAUACAGCAAUUUCUAACCCCAUUGACAUUCCAAGGAAGUUCCCAAACCCAUCACCCACCAUAAAAACUCCUACAGGUGGUCCAAUGAGAGCAGAGAGGCAGCUGAGCAAUCCAUAUGGAAGGGGUCAUAUUCGCCGUAGCCCAGCAUUUCGUUGUGACAAAAUUGUGAAAGGUCGAAAUGUGGUUGGACAGACAAGUGGUGCCCCUGAAAAAACUAGAUCAGUUGUAGGUAACAGGGUUAAAUUAUUUGAGGAUGGGCAAAGUGUGAAGUCAGUAGUAAGGAAAUUGAAUGUAUCUCCUUAUGCCUCAUCUGAUAUGGCAGCUGUUGCCAACAAAUCCCACAGAUUACAAUUACGAAAGCAGUUGCCAUGUGAGGAAACUGAUGCAGCUAAGAAACUAAUGUCCAUAAUAAACUCAGGGAACACUGUGUCUACCACUUAUGCAACAGAAUCUCGUGUGAAUAAUCCAAGUAUAUCUAAAAAUUUUGGUGGUAAAGCCAUCUUAAGCAAUGAGAUUGAUCUUGAAAACUCUGAAACAGUGCCUCAGCACAGUACAAAAUUAGCUAAACCAGGUGCUGAAUAUGCUUCUGUUUCAAAAGUUAAAGCUGAAGUGUUGGCACCAUUUUUACAUAAAUUCGAUAGUCGUGGGGUAAAACUUCCACUUCAGAACCAACAGUCAGGUUCUGAUUGCACGGUGGAAAACUCUACCACUGUGAGAAACAUGGGACACAAAGAAGUGGGGUCACAUGCCAAGUUAACAAGUGUUCCAAGUGGAAAUAAAGUGAAUAAUAUUAAAGGUACUAGUUGUGCUAGAAGUGAACAGGAUCAGGUACCACCUGAAACAUUGCAGGAAGAAGCAAGUACUAAUUACUCCAUCCUAACAGAUACUUUAAAAGCUGCCUUGAAGGCACCUUUACCUGCAGGCCCUCCACCAAAGAAACCACCCAGAACAUUUGCUCACAAUACACCACAUCCAGAUAAUGUAGGCCAGCACAGUCUCUCCAUGCCAAGUGCCACUACAAGUGCCAUUGAGGCAGUGUCAAAUAAAGACUUGCCUCAGCAAGAAAAUUUUUUUAAAAUUGCAUCAGAGGAGAUGAAUGUUCAGAAGGCUGUGAAACCAGUACGCUCAAGAACAGAAUCAGAGAUAAUGCUGAAAAAGUUGGAGUCUGUGUUAGUGAACCAUCAGCAAGGCACUGGGGGAGUUGUUCUGAGGCCAAAAAGCCCUUUGAUGAAGAGACAUGUUGAGGACAAGGCUACCGUGACAUACAGUGAACCACAUUCAGAUUCUGGAAAAUCAGUAGGGAGAAUGGGUCCUCUACCAAGUUUGCCCUUGAAGAGUGAACCACUUAGCUCACAAGAAACCUAUACUGAUGGUGAUAGUGCAAGAUCUGGUGGGUGCCUAAACUUAACUUGUGUUUCUGUCAGUUCAAACAAUCCACUGCGUUCCCAAAUCCACUUAUAUGAGAAAGUACUUGAGAAACAGUCAGAGUUUUUCGUGGAGUCACCUAAAAACCAUUCGCCAUCAAAGAGUAUACCUAAACCAUAUGGAGCAUUGCUACAUAGUAAAUCACGCAGUGAGGAACAUAUAUAUGCAGAACCAUUUGAUUACCUUAAAAAAAUUCACAACUGCACACAUGGACUACAAGAUCGCAAGAGUCCAUGGAAUGUUUUGAAGGGUGGAGAAAGUGUUGGAGAUUUGUCUAAAAUUGGAACACAUGCUAAGGAAUUUCAAAAUCAGACAUCAACUUCACUUUCUUCAAAAAGCGUUACAUCCAGAUCAGCCACUCUUCAUUAUUUGUGCACACCAUUACGUAGCAGCGGAACAGCGGGAAUUGCUGAAAAUGGUAUAAAGACUGGAAAUAAUGAAUCUAAGAAGACUGAACCCAUAAUUCCAACAAUUCCAGAAAGACAAGUCAGUAAUGCACCUCAGAGCUUAGGCACUGAAACUGGCACCAGUGAACAGAAGAAACCUCCUUUGUUACGAUUGGCUGCAUUGGUGAGGGGUGGACAAACCACUGGUUUCAUAAAUGUGGUUCCAAGUAAAGUGGAGAGGAUGAAGAUUCAGCUGCUCAUGAAUCAGGCAUUUGGAUCUCCAUUGCAAGGUAUGCCAAUAAGUCCAUUGGAUUUAGUUGGCUCCGAUUCAGAUUCUCAGGCUUCAACACCUGAUGAUGGAACACUUGCUAGGGUAAUCCAGAAAGUGGAAGCAGAAUCAGCGGGAACACAUUCACCCGACGGUGCGAAAGUGGGAAUGACUGCUGCCAGAUGCGUGGAAUCAAAUACACAAGGCGAGGACAACAUCUCCACCAGCUCGGCUGAGCAACAAGAGCAGUUGACACGACAGGCAGAGGAGCGUAAGGUGUAUGUGCGACGUGUAUCAAGCAGAGUGUAUCACCGUGUACGCAGCACUGCUACAACCCCAAGUGCAUUCCCCCAUCUGUUCCAGUGCAUCCUCCUUGUUGGUCUGAAUCUGGAUCCAUCAGACAAGAAGACUAAAGUGCCUUACAUCAAAAGCAAAUAUCCUCUUGAUGCUGAUGUUCCUCCUCAUAUUGAGCAUUUCUGCUUCCCUGAUGCAAGAGACUGGCCACCGCCACCGCCACCGCCGCCACCUGCCACACCAUCACAGCCAGGAUGUGGAGGGAAUGAUGAACAGAGCUACUCCCUUGUGAUCACCAGUGAGACAGGAGUUCGGAGGUUUGGCUAUUGCCGACGUGUGCAGCCUGAAGGUUCGAGUCUCUGCUUGCCUCUGGCGUACUGCAUUAUCAGUCCAUUCAGAGCCAGUGGCUUCUACUACAAGAUUCUUGCGGAGCUGGAGUCUCGCCAUGGUCAACCAGAAUGGCUGCAAACUGCAUUCAUCAAGGAGCUGUACAACUGUCAGUUUCCUGGUCCUGGACAGGGUCUCAAACUCAGCACUUCCAAUACAACGCACAAUAUUGCAGGACCUGUCUGCAGUAUGGUUACAACAUUCGUGCGAAGGCCUCUGGAUUCAAGGCUCGAGGAACAUGACCUCACUCAGCUGUUCUCAGCUCUGCCAGUGUCUGCAUUGCUGCAGCUCUUUGGGUCACUUCUGCUUGAAAGGAGGGUUAUUCUCAUCAGCAACUCGCUUAGCCGGCUGUCAUCCUGUGUAGAAGCCCUGCAGUCAAUAUUGUACCCAUUCUCAUGGCAGCACACAUUGAUUCCAGUUCUACCAACUUCUCUUUUGGAUAUCUGCUCUUCACCAACUCCAUAUAUUGUUGGCAUUCUCAGAGGUAGAGAUGCAAGCAUGAUGCCUGGACCAGUUGAUGAGAGCAUAAUGGUAGAUCUGGACGAGUCACGAGUUGUGCAGGGUGUUGGAGAUGAAGCAAGUAUCCUGCCAUCUAGGCUGCGUCGUUGCUUGAAGGUUGCGCUUCAGCUUGUCACCAGCACCACACAGCCAUGGGAUGCAUCACGAAAUGUCCUUGUAUCUGAAGCGUUUGUUCGAAUGUUUGUGGAAGUGUGUGGACAUUAUCGUAAUCAUGUUGUUACCCAGCAGGAUAGUAUGAAAGUGUUUGAGAGGGAAUCCUUCAUUAAAGCUGUUACAUCUGAAAGCAUCCGAUUGUUCCUGGAGUGGUUUACUGAGACAGCCAUGUUCUCUGCCUUCAUUGAAUCUCGUCUGGAAAGUGAGUCUGAUACUCGAGGGAUGUUUGAUCAACGCUGCCUGGAGCACUCUGAGGAAAUGGAGAACAACACGAGGUUGUUCCUGAGAAACUACAAGGCUUUGAACAAGAAAGUUAAAACAUUUGGGGACCGUUUGAAGGACUGGACGCCCUUCUCGUAGGCGUUACAGAAGCAUAAUGAUGCCAGUAACAUUCGACCUAGAUACCAUCACAGUUGUGAAGCUAAGUGCCAUUGCUCUUAUUCAUGCAGCAUUAUCAAGCUGUGACCCUUAUUUACCGAAGCUAGUCCAGUGACAGUCAUGAUACUUCUGUUUAACAAAUUUGAAAUUAUUGUUUUAAAUGUGAAAGUAACAUUUUACUGUUGUUGCAAAUAUGGUUAUUAUGAACAUCCAGAACUAUUCAAAUGAUUUAUAAUUUUCAUCCAGUCAGCUUUGAUUAUGGAAUUUACGGAAUUAUUUUUCUGUUGAUUCUAGUAUCCAUAGGUAUAUAAAUCUUGUUAUGGUUUGUUCCCUGAAGAUGUGGGGAACUUCUGGCAGCAUACCAGACAUAUCUGUCACCAUGAUUUUAAGCAGAGAACUUCUCAGUCUUCCUGUUUCCUCCAAUAUUCAGUCUUUCCUCACAUUCAUAUUUGUAAUUUGAUCGUGUCUUGCCAUCUCAUUCUGGCCUUUCCAUGGGUUUUAUAUUUAUGCUUCUUCCUAACAUCAUCUCUGGAAUCCUGUUGUCUUCCAUUCGCAUUUUUCAAUACCAUUGUCCUGCUUUAUGUAAGAUCUUGUUCUUUCCUCAGUUUUACCUUUUUAUGAAUUGUUAUUUUAUAUUCUGAAUGUAUUUUACUUCCAAGGUCUUUAUCCUUUAUCAGAUGACUGAUGUCAGUGCCAGGAACACUUGCCCCACCACAAAAGUAUUAUAUUUUCUUAUGUUCAUGAAGAACUUAGCCAGCUGUUGCAUGUGACACAUAAAGGCAGCAAUAUCGCGGUACUCUGGAAGAGAACAUUUUGCAUUUUAAAACAGCCUAAGGUACAAUAAGUAAAAUUAGGAUUAAAUCCCAUCAAAUUCAGCAGUGAUUUUAAAUAAUAAAAUGAAGCAUUUGAAUGUUUCAGCCAGUGAUGGCCACUUUCAAAAGGUGACCAACACUUCACAUGUAUGACCUGCAUGUGUUGUGUUGUAAGGAUUAAAACAGUAAUUAAAGUAUGUUUUUUAAAAGUAAUAGGAUUUUCGAUUGUGUAGAAUAUUGCUGUGAAGCCCAGUGAUGGUCGUAUUCCUUAACAGCAGGUCAUCUGUGUUGUGCUGGUCCAUAAGAUCCAAGUUUAAUUGACUGAGGUCAAUUGUAGUGCACAUCGUUUCUUUAAACAUAAUAAAGGAGAGUUAAACUGGGAUGUCAGAGUUCACUGAGAGAUAUUAUAUUGGAGUGUCAUGCUUUUUACUAUGUUGGUGUGAUGUUUGCAUUCUGUCUGCACAUUGGAGUAUAUAAACCAAGUUAUGUACCGCAGCCAUCCCACCAGCUUCGGCUGACCUACCUCUACUUUUGGUACAAAUACUGGUCUCAUAAUUCUUUUAGUUAUCCAGUUUCGCUGUUUCCAGACUUCUGUGUGCCAUUGCAUAACUACUCUUCAGUCUAGUUUCUGUCUCACCUAGUUGUUAUAAGUGUAGUAUUAAUUCACUGGCUCUCUCUGUAGUAAUACUGGCAUAUAGUGCAGUUUCUGAGAGUAGGAUUGGUCAGUUUCCACAGAGGAAUAUCUGCCGCUAAGAAGGCUUCGCACAGGUGAAAGGAGAACUGUGAAGAACUAUUAUUAGAAAGUUCACUAAGCAAUUUUGGAACAGGAACACUUUUCAAGGAUUUAAUUUUAAUAUUUGUGUAUAUUAGUGUUCAAAUCCUUAAGCACUUGAAAUGAAGAAGUGUAGCGAACCUGAUGUAGACUUCAGAAAUGAAUGAAGUCCCUGGUCAGCUGAAUAGUAUUAUGUUACUAGCAGCUACAUGUGAAUAGGUUUCUGACCAAUCCCUUCGCAGCCAUUUUGAUGGUAUGCUGAUGAGGCAAGUUACAAGUAGUUACGGGUAGUCCCGUGUUGAGGAGUCCCUUCCUGGGUAUUGCAUCAGAAACAUGAAUGUUUUAUCCUGCACCUGGGAUCAGUGUACGUACAUCAACGCCACGCGGUAGCUCAUCCACGAUAUAAAAUAAUAAUGGUUUACUUUCAUUAAUUUCCAAGUAAAUGCCUUGUGUUAAACUUCUACUGUUUCCUGUUAUUCCUUGCAUUGUCACGGAGGUCUCGACAGUAUUUUAUUUUGGGAGUUUCUUUAAACUUUUCCUUCUUGCUAAGGAAAUCUGCAUGCCUGUAUCUAUUAAGCCAGUUCCCGCCUCUACUGUGAACUUGGGGCAAGUUACAUAGAGCUCAAAUGGGUUAUGCCAUCUCUGGGCGUCCCGUCCGAAGAUUGCAUAAAUGAUAUACCUCGCAUCGCAGAGUUACUGUAUAUACAUUUUUUCCUCCGCUUGUUCUCUGCGACAAACAAAGUGUCCUUCCAGGUCUUCAUCAGCCUUUUGAAUAGGGGUGUUUCCACUCUCAUGUGAUGGAUUUCGAAUGCAGCCUCUUUCAUUGCAUGUGAAACCCUACUGCCGGAUCCACCUCAUGUCCAGUUUCCCUGAUAACACUGUGCUAUCAUAUCCCUUUUUUUUUUUUUGCCACGCAUUGGACAUUGUGAUGCAUUAUUACAGUUUCUUGCUAUAUGCCCUGGCUUCAAGCGCAGAAGUGGCCGUAACUUCUUGCUAUAUAGAAGGUUCCUGACUCCCACUAGGAUGACUUCUUCCUAUCCUCUCUUGUGUUACAGGAAGGUUUAUAGGAUACCAUUGAGGGUUCUGUUGGUGAUUUCUAUAUCUCUGAGACUUUAAUUCACUUUCCUCUUGGAUCGCUGUUUCAAUAAUCUGAGCUAAGGAAUUGUGGGAUUGUCUAUGUUCUAAAU